AUGUGCUCUGGGAGCUUUCCGGUACGGCCAACGCUGACCAGAGAGGAGCUCGAGCGUGAGACAAGUGAACGCACGCGGGUAGCACUUGCGGAAGUGCUCGCUCGAAAGCGCCGGGCUGUUACCACGACUUCCAAGCACGAGCAAGUUCGCCCAUUCCCAUACGAGCUUCAGCGCAGUCUUCGGGAAGAGGUACACGAACUUGCCACGUCGGACGCAAGCGCCCACUCACAACGAGACCUUCGGAGCUUGGACCCGUUUCGACCGCCGAGACGACAGCGACGACGUAAGAACUCGGCAGGUAACAACAAAGGCUCCCAGGACCUCUUUGACAGCGUGCCUAUCCAUGACGACAGCGAGAGCGCUGGUGCUGGCGGGAAAGCUGCCGCAGCGUCUGACACUGACGCUGAGCCGGAGUACCAACAAGUGUCGCUUGUUCGUACAACGAACUGCAGUAUGGUUCCGGUGUCUGCCGCACCAGCGCUACUUGACAGCUCGCAGUUACAGACCAGCGUUAAGCAUUUGCGCGUUCCGCCAGUGAAAAAUGGCCGUUUUGGUCCAAGUGCAAGGCGAAUGUGGACAGGGAGUACCGUCGAUGCCACCGGUGGUAUUCCAGCAUACGGAUACGGGAGCACGUUUGCUGCGCCAGCCUUCACCGAGUUCGCUACUGCACUAGCGCGAGCAACUGGAGACCUAUCCAAGCAGCGCAACGCACUGCGCUCAAGCGACGGGUGUACCCGAGAACAUCUGCAGCCGACCGAAGGCAAACACGGUAUGGGGAGUCAGAAACGAUCACAGCCGGCCUUGGAGUCGCAGGGGUCCCUGAAAUCUACACGCUCGUUGGAAAUGGAGAGCAUCCCCUCGAACGAAACUUUCCAGAAUGGUUGCAACGCGGUCGAUGCGUCUGCUUCGCCCACACAGACCACCAGUACCUUUACGAAUCAUCGACGACGACGAACUCGCUGGGAUCGAUAA